AAUGGGUCAUAUGCAAUGUUUCGAGCGGAAGAACGUCCCUGGAAGAUGAUGAGCAAUCUGAAAGAUCUUCCACGAAUGUCACCCCCGGAAUUGUGAUAUUGUGCAUCGAGAAUUCUUCCCCCAGGAUCAGACCAUCAACAUAACUAGUGUGGGAACCUUUUGAAACCACCUCGUACAAAUCUACAGAAAGAACAAUUCAUUUAGCUUAUUGGCAUGCUCGAACAGAAUUGAUUUGUGGUCUAACAACAACAGCACUAUGAUAACCACAACCAUAGCAACAUCAUAAUCAACAACAACAAAAAUUAGUACACGACCACCAAGAAAUAAAUGAAUACUUGUGGUCCGGAACACACACCUAUCCUGCUUUCAUUUGUCGCGUCUCGUCACUUCUUUUAAAGGUUUAUCACAGUCAUGCCUCAAGUUUUUCAUGUGGUCAGGUGCUGUGAAUGUGAAACGUUUCAAGUACAGCAGGUGAAGAAAGUGAGGAAAUGGUCGUGUAAAGUAUGUGGACAAAAGCAAUCCUUAAUCAAGGAGUAUGGCAGAGGGUCUGGAGCUGACUGCCGGCAUCAUGUCCAGAAAUUGAACUCGUUACGCCAGGAUAUGGAUCGAAAGGAAUUUGAGGAGAACCUUGCUGUACUCUGUCAGCCAGAACAACAACAGAAACAUCCACAGAAACAACCACAACAUCAACAAAAUGUUGAACAAGAUUCAGAAGAAAGUAAUGAAUGUACCUCCUCUGGACAGACUUGCAACAGGUGGCAGAAGUUUCUCAAUUCGAAUCCUGAUACUGAAUCAGUUUAUGAGGAUCCAGAAGACGAUGACACUGCUAGUAUUGCUGACCAGUUUGAGGUGGGAAGUUUCCAAAAUUUCCGAAAACGUCCAAAAUGGUCAGUUUCAGAAUCAAAUCACUACAGAAAAACAGUCUCCAAACACCGUCCACCUGAUGCCUCCUUCAAUGACUACCACCACCGCUACAUCCAGGCACUAAAAAGUGAACCCUCUCUGAAUGCAGAACAGCAUCGGCCUUCCUCUGAAAACGUCACUGGUCAACGUAAGAUGACAAAGUAUUGCAGUACCCAGGGUGCUCCUUUUACUAAUUGCUUUACUAGAGAAAGUGACUUUACUGGAGUCCAGUUUGUUUCUAAUACUGGCCAUCGUCCUGGAAAUGUUUUCAAACCUGCAUCACAUGUCACACCAACAAAUCUCAUGCCAUCAGCUACUACUACUACUACAGCAACUGCUUCUACCACUGCUGCUAUAUGUGAUGUUACUACUGCCAGUGCCAUAAAACAUGAUGAAGUAAUGUAUUCGUGUUCAACAAGACGGUCAUCACUACUUGACAAUUCUCCUGAUAAGGCUAGUAACACGCCAUCAUCAUCAUCUUUCCAUCAAAAGUCACCGAUUGGUUCCUCUAAAGAUGUUCAUUCUACUAGUUCCUCCUCAUCAAAGUGGAGCUGUUUUUUAAGCAACCCAUGCCAAAUGGAGGAUUCUGUUGAUGACAGUGAUGAUGACGAUGAUGAUGAUGAUAAAGAUGAUGGAGAUGGUAUUGGUAGUGAUGGUGGAGGUGUUGGUAUUAAUAAUAUGAAUACUGGUUCGGUCACACAGUUCAACCCAUACAACAGAACUCAACAUGAAAUACCUACAUUUGGGAACAGUUUGCUUUCUGCAAAGGAGAAUUCCAUUGUGACGUCUGCAACUGUGAUCCCUAAGGAUUUCACUGGUGUAGACAAUAUGUUCAAUCUAGAUGAAAAUGAAUUUGAUUUUACUUUCUAAUAAUUCAGUGAAUUUGA